AUGGAAUUGGAAGACAAUCACGAAAAGGAUGUUUUAUUAAUUAAUGAAGAAUCGAAAGGAAUUGAAAAUAAUAGCAUCAACUAUAAACAAUCAGAAUCACAAUCAGAAAUAGCUGGCUGCUAUUUAUCGACUCCACCUGAUCUUCCAAAAUUAUAUAACCAAGAAAGCGAUGAAGAAAAAUCACCCUCACCCUUAGUUUGUUCUCCACGUGCAAAUGAGAAUUGCACUGAUCAAAAGACGUCAGAAUGUACGUGCUGUGAGAGAAUGAAUAAGACAUUAGCACUUAUGAUAGAUAAAUUGCAAAUUGUGAUAGAUGCUGAUAGUACUGCUGAUGUUGGAGAUGAAGCGACGAGUAAAAGUGCUGAUACUAAACUAGAAAACAAUUUGCAAGAAAGAGCGGCACAGAUUCGCACUCUGACUACACUGUUGAUGGAAUCAAGAAAAAAAAAACUUAUCGAAGAAUUAAAAGUGAUACGUGGAAAAAUAUCAGAGCACGAACGAACAAACAAGGAAGUGCGCAAUGAAUUAGAGGAAUGGAAGCAUAAAGCACAAUUAGCAGAAAAAGAAUCCAUGAAAUGGAAACGCUCAUUAGUAACACAUUUAGCGAAACAUCGAAGCAGUUCGCAACAAGACAAAUCAAAAUAUAUUGCUGAAAUUCAAAAAUUAUCACCUCAAAAAUUGCCCCAGAAUAAAUAUGACAACAAGGAAUUGAAAAAGAAGAAAAAACUUGAUAAAAAUUGUACAGUACAAGGAAACGAAAGUACAAAAACAAUACAGUCCGAGGAAUCAAAAUAUGAAAAUAUGGAAAACAGUUAUGCAGUUAAUCAAAGUAGUGCAAAAAGUGAAAAUGAAAGGUCAGCAAUGACCUUUACAGAAACACCGCAAGUUCUUGCUGCUCCAUUAGUGAAUGAUUCUUCAACUCCUAGUGGAGUCGCAGAAAUAGCUUCGAAGAUUAUAGAACCCGUAAGAAGUAUAUUGGAAGCUUUCCGUAAACCAAGACGGAGUUCUGAAAAUUCACAAGACACUAUACCUUCUACGGAUUUCACGCCUAUCAGUGUACACGGAUUUGUACUUGAACCUUCUCCAUCACAACUGCAAACUACUGCAUCAGAUGAAAAAAUGGAAAAGGUUUACUAUAAUACAGCAAAAACUGCUAAAGAUGCUUCAAGAUGCCGACCAUCGAAUAAAUCGUCAAAAGAAUCUCAGAUGCGUCCCCCAUCCCCUUGUGAAGCAUCUUAA